CCGUGUUGUAGCCUUGUAACUUUCUUUAUCUUAGUAUCGUCUAAAGUAGUUUAGUUCCACCUAAUCUACGGAGCAACGACAAGACCCCUUCCCCGCUACUUGUGAGAUGGUUGGACGUCAGCUGUCGAACCCCCAAUUCCGCAAACAGUCAAUGUAAACAAACCCGCCAGGCAACUCCAAGAGCCUCAUCAACUUUAUUCAUGUACAUAAAUAUACGAAAUCGAUGCGGUGACUGCUCCUAACACCCUAAGAGCUCCAAAAAGGACGCGUCUUUUUUAUUGUCGCGAGUUGGAACGCGCUUCCGCUGUCCAAAGCUUCAUGAGCAACUACGUAGUCGAAGCUACACAAUCAAGAACAUGUCUUAUAAUAUGGCAGACAUUUUAUCUUCCUCGCCGGACCCUUUCAAUGACACUCCGACCUUCUCAUCACCUUCAAAAUCUAUCCGACAAUCGAGAGCCCGCAGGUCACAACAAAUGUACGGCAGCUCGCCAACCAAACAAACGUUCGAAUUGGACGUCGGCAAUGACCUCUCGCCGCAAAAAAUAAGGGUCACCGUCGAAGCGGAGAACAACAAGGAGAACUCCUACCCUGAAUUUUCGGACCUAAGAUCUCCCUCGCCAUCGCCUUACUAUGCUUCUUCAAGACGCCCAAACAUGCGAACAACUACCACAACAGUCCCGCUCAAGGGCCUCUCGGAUUCCGAAGAAGACAGCCCUGCCGCGCCGCCAAAACGCGGUCGCGGUCGCCCACGAAAGUCAAUAGGCACCCCAGUGCCCGCGAAAACCAGAAAUGUAACUCCCGCUGGAAAGUCUCCUAGGAGGAGGAGAACACUGGGAAGUCUGGUGGAUGGUGAUGACGAGGAGGACUGGGAUUUCGCGAUUGGGAAGAGCGUCAAGGUUGGAAGAGGCAAAGGACGGUCACGAUCAAGAUCUGUUAAAUCGGUUACUCGAAAAACGCCUGCUGCGAAAUCGAUGGGGCCUUCGUCAGAUCUGCCGGAUUCGAGUGUUGCGAACAAGAGGGGUAGAAGACAGUCGUUGCUGCCGGAGGUAAUCCCGAUACUGGAAGAUCUGACGGGACAUAGCUCGCCGGCAGAGGAGUCAUUUGAAGAGGUGCAUCCAGAUGAUAACAUACCAUUGAGUCCUAUGGAACAAAAUACAAUGGGGUCUCAUUCGGAAUAUUCCACAAUCCGAUCUACAUCCACUGCAUUCGGCGAGGAUGUCACGGUCGCCCAGUUUGACAGGGAGAGAACACCUGAAGCGGAGGGGUGGUCGAGUCCGAGAGUUGUCUCAGCUAUCCCCAGACACCUCCAGGAUAGGGCCAGCUCGAGACGGGGGUCGCCACUUGUCCAUCAGGCGCUGGAGGAGGUCCCUCGUUCAUAUCUGUUCGCGAAUGAGAUUGGCUCUGAAGAUUAUCGGUCCCAGCAUGAGGAAGAGCACAACUACGAUGAUGAGGCUGAAGAUGGCCUUGAUGAUCUCCAGGAGUUUGAUACGAUCCUGGAAAGUGAGGGAUUUAGCAUGAUAUCGGUUGAUUCGGUACCUUUGUUGCGGGAACACUUCAGCAGCCCUUUUAUUCAGAGCAAGCCGGUUGAGUCUGUAUCUUCGUCUGAAGAACGUGAAGCAGAAUACAGAAGCGACAACAGAUCCUCAUCGGGCAUGUCAUCUCCAGCAGAAGCAUCUUCAUCGAAACGUCGAAGCUUUGAUAAUAUACAGACCGCCCAGCAAAGCUUAGUUAAUGUUUCCGCUUCGAAUAAUUAUGCUAGGUCCCAGCCUACCACGAGUAGCCCGCGCGACCAGGACCAUGAGGCGGAUGCCACUGAACAUUUCCAAGAAGGAAGCUCUGUGGCUGAAUCUGCGCUCCUUGCUCCGCCUGUUGAGGCUACCACUACCUCUAUUAGAGAUGCUGAACUCCCCCAAACACCUUGGCUCCCAACUCCCCAAGAGGCACCAUCGCCAGAUAACGACUCAACUGGGCCAUCUGCCCAGGUAACCUCUCAGGAUAAAGUACCGUCAGUUACGAACAGGGAAAGCGUUCACGUUGAGUCAACUGCGGAUUCGUCGAUGAAUAUGCCUCAGAUGAGAUCGUCACCUCCGUCAUUCGCAGCUCCUCGAUACACAUACACGGCACAUCUACGACAACGUAAAUCACUAGGACUAACCGAAACCCCAUCAAUCGUGUUCUCAUCGCCGUCUCUACCUCCCCCAAAGCAAAGGCCAGCUCCGAGAGAACAGUUGCCGAGUACGACAGAGAUUAAUGGAGCGCCAAAGCCACACUUGUCUUCAAGUGUCAUUGCAGGCCGUGCUCUUCAAGAAAUCGUCGUUCCAAAUUCGGCAAGCACGCAUUCAUCGUUCCUUCGCAGCCCAUUCAAAAGCCCAAACGCGAGGAGACACCCAUUAUCUCCAACUGAGGAGCCGACGAAGGAACCUGUGGUUCAGCCUUCGAAACUGGACUCCUCUGUCCCCGGACUCGGGCCAAUGUCAUGGCGCAACCUUUCUCACAGCAGAACAUUAAGCGGGGCCGCAGAUGAGCGAAAGCCAGGCUUCAUGAAGAAUAUCCCCUUGAUUGUCGAUGACCCAUUCCUGGCAGAGGCAUCUGAGCAGUUACGCUCACCUUCUCCGGAGGAAAAAGAUGACUAUUCUCUGGGGCUGCCUACGCCGGGUCAGGCUAGGAAUCCCCAGAUUGUUAACUUGGUAACUCAGGAUACGAAUACGGUUCGCUAUUCUGAUGAGAUGAGCUGGCAAGCUGAGUAUCCUGUGAUGAGGACGCCUCCGCGAGAUGACAAUGAAGGGUCUGGAAGCGGUAAGGCUACGGCUGGCUCUUCUCGCACUGGGGGGCGUCAAAUGGAAUCUCAGAAGCAAAAACAAAGAGAUGCAUGGCUAGAUGAUAAGGCUGAAACCACCCAACAUCUGGGACUAGACUUAACGCAGGUAUAUGUCGUGCCAUCGGAUCUACCAACGAUUAACAGCACUCCACUCAUAACACAAUCUGAACCCGCUCCGAAAGCCAAUGCUGUCGAAGAUGUUUUUGACGAUGAAGACAUAUGGCUAGCCGAAGCGCGUAGUAACUCAUCGCCAUCUAUAGGGAAGCCUGUUGAUAUAGCCCCUAAACAAGCCCCGUUGGAAAGGCCGAGACGCAGCAAACUCCCAAGUCCAUGGAGGCAGAACAGCAGACGAUUGGUAUACAGCGACGAACUUGCCGCUAAGGAUUCAUCGCCGUUAAACAAGAAUGAAACCUCGACUGCAUCACCGGCGAUUGAGGCACGGAGCGCAGCACUUCCGGCGCCACCAGCAAUUGCCCCCAAGGCUACCUUGGUACCAAAAGAUGACAUGAAGGCAACCAGUGUGCUAGCUAGAUUAACCCAAUCGCAGCUUGCACCGAAGGCUGUUCUAUUGUCGAAAAGCACUUCCUGGCCCUCUGAUUUACCUUCGGGUGCGCCACAACUGGGAACAUUGCGACGGAGCAUUGAACUGCCAAAGCCACAAUCAAGGCCUUUUAUGGCAGCAGCAGAGCGGCCACAGGCGCCCCCCGUCACGGAAUAUUAUGACCAAACAGAGCUAUCAACUUGGGACCUCCCGCAGAAGCAGAAUUUCAAACCAAGGAUUACACCACGACAGAGCAAUAUCUUGGGUAUUUCAGCCCUGCUCGCGUCGUCUCCUGUCAAGAAGCCCGAGCCUUCCUAUGCUGAGGAUGAUACCAUCGCAUCGCCAACGCAGAGUUUGCCAGCAGCCGAGCAAUACAACGACACGACGGAGGAAGCAGACUUCAUCCAACAAGACGACUCUCAGUUUGCCUCAGAUGAGGAUCCAACAAGGGAGGAGGAAUACACCCAAGACCUCCCCACCCCCGAACGCUCCCACAUCUGCUCCCCCUCCGCCCUCUCCGACCUCUCCCAACUCUCCCGCACCUCCUCCCUCGACGAAUCCUCCCGCCUCUCCACCACCCCCGCACGCCCAAACCCCUACCGCCGCCCCUCCGCCCCCUCACCACUAAAAUCCUGUCUCCGCCACCCCAGCACCGCCUCCCCCACCAAAGCCGUCGUCUUCAGUGCCACCACCGCCGCGUCCCCUUCAGUGGUAAAGCCGCGGUUUAUGGAGGACGCGGAGUGGACGAAGAGCCAUUGGCUGUCUUUGAGAUCAAUUUACUGGGAUUAUAAGAAGAACCCAACGCCGACGGCUGAGAUUCCGAUGUCGGUGAGGGAGAGCGAGUAUGCGGGGAAGACGGUGUGGGGGAGGGAGGCGGAUGGGAGUGAUAGUUUGGUGAUGGAGGUUUGGAUGGUGGAUGUGGUGCAUAUGUUUCUUGAUGAGGCGGAGGAGGAGGGGAUGUUGUGGGAUGAGGCGUUUGUGUGUAAGAGGCUUUAUGGGCUGGUGGGGAUGGAGAGGAAGAGGAAGAAGGAGGAGGUUGAGCUGGCGAUGAAGGUGGAGGAGGAGGCGGAGAAGAAGAAGGGGAUUUUGGGGUUGGGGAUGGGGUGGUUGUGA